AUGCACCGCGCAGGACACUCUUUCGGGAUACACCGAAACUUCUGGCCGUGUAUCGAGCUCGGUGCCUGGUGCGAGGAAAGUACGGACCUCUUCCAGUGGCUUGCUCUUGUUGCGUUCGCCGCAGCCGCUACAGUCCCGGCCUUCGCUGCGCCCACCAACACCUUCGCCAGCCGUACGGUCGAGGACGACUCGCUCUAUGCGCGCGAGUACGACAGCGAUCUUUGGGUGCGUAGCGACUGGCUCAAGCCCCGCGAUGACCCCAAGUCCCGUCCAAUCCCGCCACAGAAGCCCUACCCUUCGUAUCCGCCCCCGCCUCCGCCCAAUGGUCGUCGCCACAGACGCAACUUGGAUGAGGAUCUUUGGGCGAGGGAUGGCCCCAAGCCCCCCGUCCGGUCAUCCCGCCACACCCGACGUACCCACCCCCACCCCCGCCCACCAAGGGACACCGCCGCAGGCGGAGUUUGGAUGAGGACCUUUGGGCGCGUUGGGAGGUUGAUGAGCUCGAUUGAGGGAAUCGAGUCCAUCGUGCCACUUCUCUGGUUGCUCAAGGUUGUGCUGCACCCUGAAGACACGGAUCUAGUCGUUCCUACGACAGUCCAAGUAACCGUCAAAGCGGACGGUCGAACAUCGACUGAUGCCUUGGCCGCCUUCUUCUAUGCACAGCGGGAAGUAUCGGACAUUGUCACCCGCAUAGUCACCGCUCACCUCCAUAACCGGCUCCCUUCACCCAUGUUUCUCGAGGGCGACGGGUACGUCUUGACCGCGAAGCACACAGCAUGGACGUUUGGGAACGAAAGGGUGAAGUUCUCUUGGGGUACAGAAGAAAUACAGCCAGGCAUAGACAAGUGGACGUUCCUUUUUGCGUCGAUAAAACAAGAUUCGGAGUACUAG